AUGGGUUCUCUUGGGUCAGGUCCCUGGUUCACCAGGGAACUUGAGCAUUCCCACAGACUGACGAAUGAAAAAACAAAGGAGUUUUCUUUCUUGGUUUCAGAAACUAUGGAUUGGCUAAAUGAACAUAUGUUAGAAGUUUCGAAGUUACGCUUAGAAGGAGACCUCUAUACAUUGGCUAAAACUCCCAACAAAAUUAAAGAAAAGUAUACUACUCCAAGGCUAAGCCCAGUUCGACGAUGUGAGCUUCCUACGCCUAGAAUGCAGUUGUCGUCAAUACAGCAACAAUUAGUAGAAGCUGCAGAUAGUAAGGUCAAAGCAAAGGAUAGCUACCACCCAGAGGAAAAGAACGUGCAGCCUACUUAUACAACAGAAGAGCCAAAACCAUCUGAAACUUAUGAAGAAAGCAACCAGGUUUCCACGUUACCAAAUUUGCCCUCACCCGUCCUCGAUGUGAAGCGAGUAGAUUUGGACCCUGAAACUAAGGAUACCGAAAGGGUAACAGAUACCAAAAGAGAGGAUUCUAACCAAGUUCCUUCACCUUCUUCUAAUACUCAACAAUUUACUGAAUGGGAUAUUCCACUUCGUGAACCUUCCCCAUCUCCUACGAAGCCCUCCGCAAGUCCAAGUAAACCAUUGCAGAAUAGACAUCCGGCUUAUUCCUUCGUUCAUUUACCAAAACGAGAGGAAAUUUUAAGGCGCCCUGCCUCUCUCCAAAACAGAGCUGACUCAACCAAUUCUUUUCUGCAUCAACUUAAUCGGCGAUUAACAAAAGAAAGCUCCUCGAACCCGGCGAGUUUCGAAGCAGAAUUUGCAAAUUCAAACACUCAGGUUCCUCCAAAACAAAGUUCUUCUCUCACUAGCCCUUCUCGACUCAAACGAUUUUUAUCCUCUAUUACAUCUGGGAACAAAGAUGACUCUAUUAAACAGGAACAGGAACGUAUUACGACAAAUCAAAUAUCAUUGCCCAAACAAAACCCGCAUAAGCGUUCCUCAGAAGUUGCUGCUAUAGAGGAUAAUGCCCACAAAAACAUGACUAAGCAAAGGAAAACCUCUCCUGAGAUGUCGUCUUCUAAAGAGUUUAUAAAUGACAAGCAAUUUUCUAAAAGCAUCGGUGUACCUUCAAGGUCGGAACGACCUGCAAGUACUUUAGUUCAGGAUGUUCCGUAUCGCGAUGAACAGAAACUUGACAAACAAGUGGAUGAGUUCGUUCCUUUAACGAAAGAGGAAAAAAGCCCUGUAAAGCCUAAGUCAAAAUCUACGCCAAUGCUUGAGAGGGCUGAAAAACUCCGCCAACAAAUUCAAGGAUUAGCCGGGAAUCGGACAGAGGAACCUUCAACUCCUCCAGGAAUGAAAAGGCCUGUUAAUGCUGUUCUUGAUGCUGCUAGAAAUUCAGCUGCCAAAGAUUUGCAACUAGCAAAGCUUAAACUUGGAGAAACGAAGCAAGAUUCUCCGAAGAAUUCUAGUAAGUCUCACGUUAAGUCUGAAGUUCCAAAGAUACCUUCCAUAGCUCCAUUUACAAAGCUAUCAACUAAAAACUCUAUAACUCAACAGAAGGGUACUUUGAUUCCAUCCCACUCUAACUCAAAUACGCAUGAGAAUGCAGUUGAAGCACAUGAUGAAUCAAAUACUGGCUCGAAUCCUAAAACGUCAGAGAAAUCACUUGAUGUUGCAAAAGAAAUUCGUAAAUUAACUGAAGCCGGAUAUCUGUCCACUAAUAAUCAACGACCAGUGGCUAUUCGUGUCGCUACGGCUUCUCAACGUGAAUUGGAGCAAACUGAAAGAAGAAAAGCUAAAGCUAAUUUAUCUUCAUCUUUAAUGCAAAUCGAACAUAAUAAUGCUGAUAAAGAUUUACCAAGGACUUCAUCAUCUCUAAGCACUAAUUCUGAUAAUAAUCGACGAUUUAUACCAAUGCGUCAAAUGAAAACUUCAAGUAAUUUGAAGUCUGACAAGCCAUCCGAAGAUCAAAGUGGAACAAGAAAGUCGUUAGAAACAAAUGUUAAAGAGGAGCCCAUUCAGUCACAAGUACAACAUAACGCUGAUAAACAAGAAAGACUGGGCGCUAAACGCUUCGCGACAGGUGCAACCGGAUCAAAUUGGAAUAAUGCAAUGAUAAAAAGACAGGAAGAGUCGAGACGGCGUAAGCUUUUAGCAGAAGCAGCGUCUUCUAAAUCUAAACCCGGACUGACAAGAGUUACGUCAAAACCUACACUACGUCCGACUCGUGAAUUACUGGAAGAUAAGUCUUUGGCCCUACAUUACUCUGGUUCCAAAAAAGUUGAAGGUGAUACGGUCACAUCUGUACCAAUUUCAGCCAGCAAUCAUAAACCAAUUAAUGAAUCUCAUACGAAUGAUGAAACUGAGGGAUCGCAAUCUCAGCCAUCUAUGCUAAAUAAAACAAGCUUCAAGCCUCAGACUUUGAAAAGUUUGCGCCAUAAUUUUCCUCCACCCACAAAACCUAAUGCUAUAAAAGAAAAGGACUCGGUAACUAACACAACUCCUCUAGGUAACAGGAAACCGGUGAAUUCUUCUAACAUCGACCCCCCAACUGACAGGAAGCUAUCUGGGUCUCAAAAACUGCAAAGAUCACCGUUGCUUAAAACUCCCAAAACUAGUCAGCCUGCCGGUUAUGGAUCAUAUUCUCCUAAUGGAUCUUAUGAAUUACCCGACAUCGAUAGUGACUACUUAGACGAAAGUGACGACGAAGAAAGAAAGAAAAAGAUUAACUUACCAUCGUGGGCAGAAUCACCUGAACUUCGAGAGCAAUUGAAGCGACAGCAAAAGUGGGAUCCUGAUAAGAUUUUUGGAUCCAUAAAGCCUUUACAUAUGGACGAAUUAUUUAAAUCCAAAGAUCGAAAUAAGCUACGUUUUCGACCAAGGAGUUCAUCCGCCGACUGGUCAUCUCAGGAUAGGCUAACGCAAGCGGAAAUCGACAGCUAUAAACGGAAUAUGGGAUAUUUAUAA